UAAGCAAAUGUAACAGUCUGGUGAUUCAAUGAAUUGUAGCGCUUACUCGGUGGGAACCUUUGUUACAGGGAGAUGGGGUCUGGUAGGAAGAUGUUGGAGAGCGGGAUUCUGGGAAGAGCUGAGUUCGUGGUACCGGAUGUGUGAUUUUCAAUAAAGUGUGUUCAUUUAGAAGUAAUACACAGUCUACCGAGCAGAACCCCAUUUGAUACUGUGGACAGUUUAAAGAUGGAAUCAGUCCCGAUUAAAGAGGAGCUCCCUAAACUUGAACUGGUCCCCAUUAGACUGGAGUUCUCUGGACUGUCUUCCCUCCCCAUUAAACAGAAGCUCUGUGAGAUGCCAUCUGACAGCAUCAAGUCGGAGGUGUCUGGGAUUAAAGCUGAGCGCAAUGAAUUGGAGAUCUCCCAGACAGAAGAACCCCUUCCUGUGAAUGAAGAGGUGCUGGAAAUGUUACCAAGCAGAACCACGUUUGAUGCCUUGGACAAUGUGAAGAUGGAAUCUGUCCCGAUUAAAGAGGAGCUCCCUAAACUUGAACUGGUCCCCAUUAGACUGGAGUUCACUGGACUGGCUUCCCUCCCCAUUAAACAGGAGCUCUGUGAGACGCCCUGUGACAGCAUCAAGCCAGUGGUGUCUGGAAUUAAAGCUGAGCGCAACGAACUGGAGAUCUCCCAGACAGAAGAACCAGUUCCUAUGAAAGAAGAGGUGCUGGAAAUGGUGCGUAUUAAACUGGAGCCCCUGAAAGAGGAGGUACUCUUGAAACCAGGGAAGGAAGAAUCCGAAGACUUGAAAGCAGCCCCCACUGAGCUGGGUCCGGUACACCUGCGGGAGUGUAGCGUGGUGCUGGAGAGAAUCUAUGUGAGAAAGCAAGGCUCUGGAGAGGAAGGCUCUCCCAACAGCACGCAAGGAGGUGGACAGGACGACGAGAGCUCACAUUCAGAGUGCAGUCCAGCAGGUGAGUGACUGACUAGCUGUGACAUUGUCAUUCUACACUGAGUGAUGGCCACAAUGUGACUGAGAGGCUGAGAACAGAUAGCAGGGCUCCACAUUAGCAUCCAGGUUCAUUUCGCAUACUUGUCUACACUGAAGCAAAUCACCGUGUCUGUGGCGGCACUGAUGCGGAAUCACUUUCAGUGUCAAUGGGAAAUGCUGGUAAAUGCA